GGCUUAUUGACUGGUUUACGCACGAACUCAAAAACUGGCUUGAGUAGUAAUGAAACCACUUUAAGUCCAUUCACAUCGGAUGAUACGGAUGAUAUUGUUAAUAUCGAAGUUUUAGAAGGGCAAGAUAAAAGCUCACAGUUGAAAUCAUCUGAUGUUUCCAAAAACACGUCCUUCUAUGAUAGAAUAAAAAUUUAUGGUAGAAAUGUUUUACCAACAAAGAAACAAAAAACAAUUUUUCAAUUAAUGUGGAUCGCUUUGCAGGAAAAAAUUAUAAUUCUCUUAGCCAUAGCCGCAAUCUUAUCACUAGGUCUCGGUCUUUAUGAAGAUUUCGGUGCCAAGCAUGAGGAUGAAGAACAUAAACCAAAAGUUAGUUGGGUUGAAGGGGUGGCAAUUUUUGUUGCAAUUUUUAUUGUGGUAUUAGUAAGUAGUUUAAAUCAUUGGCAGAAACUGCGUCAAUUCCAAAAAUUAAAUGCCAAAAAAGAGGAUCGGGAUGUUAAAGCGAUCAGAGAUGAUAAAGAAUUUCUUCUGUCAGUAUAUAAUAUAUUGGUUGGUGAUAUCCUCAAAUUAGAACCAGGUGAUAUUGUUCCAACGGAUGGAGUGCUGAUUUACUCAUACAAUCUUAAAUGUGACAAAUCUGCAGCCACAGGCGAAAGUGAUGCAGUGAGGAAGAUGAGCUGCGAAGAUUGUCUUAAAGCAUUAGAAAAAAAUGUUGAACACGAUCCAUCUACUCUUUCGAAAAUUGAUCCCUUUGUAAUUAGUGGAAGUAAAGUCUUAGAAGGUGUAGGAAGUUAUGUUGUAACGUCU